AUGACCGGCGAGAACCAGCGGCAGCGAUACGUGGCGGGAACCACCGGCAGCGAUACGUGGCGGGAACCACCGGCAGCGAUACGUGGCGGGAAUCAGCGGCAGCGAUACGUGGCGGGAAUCAGCGGCAGCGAUACGUGGCGGGAAUCAGCGGCAGCGAUACGUGGCGGGAAUCAGCGGCAGCGAUACGUGGCGGGAAUCAGCGGCAGCGAUACGUGGCGGGAAUCAGCGGCAGCGAUACGUGGCGGGAACCACCGGCAGCGAUACGUGGCGGGAAUCAGCGGCAGCGAUACGUGGCGGGAAUCAGCGGCAGCGAUACGUGGCGGGAAAGAGGUAGCCCACACCGAAGCUGCAGGCAGCGGGAAGCGGGACGACUCCUCAGUUCAUUUUCAUCUUACUCAUUAG